GCCCUGCAGCUGGGGACGGUGCUGGUGGGAUCCCCCACGCAGGACGGGACCAUCUCCAUCCUCACCACCUCGCCGGAGGCGGACGAACCGGUCAACUACGUCAAGGGCGUCAUCCAGCACUACCGGGGUGGUCCCGUGCCGGGCUUCAGCGCCGUGAUAGCCAGUGACAUCCCCCUGGGUGGGGGCCUUUCCAGCUCGGCCGCUCUGGAGGUGGCUACUUACACCUUCCUCCAGCAGCUCUGCCCUGAUGACGGUGAUUUGGUAGCCAAGGCGCUGGCGUGCCAGAAAGCAGAGCACACGUUUGCCAGCAUGCCCUGUGGGAUCAUGGACCAGUUCAUAUCCGUGAUGGGCAAGGAAGGCCACGCGCUGCUCAUUGACUGCAGGUCCCUGGAGAGUGUCCUUGUCCCGCUGACCGAUGCCAGCUUGGCCGUCCUCAUCACCAACUCCAACGUGCGGCACACGCUGACGGGCAGCGAGUAUCCCACGCGCCGGCAGCAGUGCUGCGAGGAGGCGGCGGCUGCGCUCGGCAAGGCCAGCCUGCGAGAUGCCACCAUGGCCGAGCUGGAAGGUGGGGACGGUCCCUCCCUCGGCUCUGGCCGCUCCUCGGGGCAGCAGGAGCGGACGGCGCAGGCAGCACAGGCGCUGCAGGACAGGGACUACAGGAUGUUCGGGAAGCUGAUGGUGGAGAGUCACAACUCCCUCAGGGACGACUAUGAAGUGAGCUGCCCGGAGCUGGACGAGCUCGUAGCAGCAGCCCUGGAGGUCGAUGGGGUUUACGGCAGCAGGAUGACCGGGGGAGGCUUUGGAGGCUGCACGGUGACAUUGCUGGAGGCUAGGGCUGCAGAGAGAGCCCAGCGCCACAUCCAGGAGAAAUACAACGGCACAGCCACCUUCUACCUCACCAAACCCUCCGGAGGGGCAAAGGUGCUUCCCUUGUAG